CACCUUCAAACCGGAAGUUGACAGGUUUAAACGCAACCUCGCUAUCCUAUCAUUACAUUGCGUUACACGAUGGCAAAUGUGGAUGCAUCCUCUAACCACUCGCAGGAUAAAAAUGAUGAUGAAGAUGAUAACGAGGCAGAAGAUGAGGGACCGUAUCUCGGUCGUGAUCUCCAUGAAGGAAUUCAAGCCUUGUACCACGAUAAAAGUUUAACUGAUGUAACUAUCGUUGUAGACUCAGAAAAAUUUCUAUGUCAUAGAUUAGUGCUAGCCGCGCUGUCCCCAUUCUUCCGUAGCAUGUUCACAAGUGAAUUUAAAGAAAAGUCCCAAGAUGAGGUUGAAUUGAAAUGUGUCACUGCAUCUACUUUCAAGUGCAUACUAGACUACAUAUAUGCCUUUGAUGAAGUAAUUGAAAAUGAAAAUGUACAAGAUUUGCUUAAAGCUGCAUGCAUGCUUGGAAUAGGAUCUCUUCAGUAUGAUUGUGAGAAUUUCAUUAUUGACAAGCUGACCUUUGAGGACUGUGCUUCAACAUUGAAGUUUGCGAAAGCACAUUCAUGCAGGAAACUGGCAGAUUCCUGUCUAGAAAAACUGGGUGAAAAGUUUGAUACAUUCAGAACAUCUGAGGAUUUUUUGAACCUGGACAAGGAGGAUAUUAUUGAAAUGAUGAAAAUGGAAAGUCUGAUUACCUCUUCAGAGGAGAAUACUGUUGAAGCUGUCAUGAAAUGGGUGUCCAACAAAAGUGAGGAACGUCAGGUUGAUGCUGUUCUAUACGAUGUUUUGGAAUAUGUGAAGUUUCCACUGAUGCAGGCCGAGUACUUAUUUGAAUUGACAGAACGUUACCCAGUUCUCUGUGAAAACUGUCGCGUGCGAAGUUUAUUGGAUGAGGCCAAACUCUAUCACUGUGCUGGAGUGAGACGUCAUGAAAUUUCUUCACAUCGAACACAUUUCAGGAAAAAAAGUAAGCUUGCAAAUAUCAUGUUCAGUGUCAAGUGUGACAACACACCAUCCUUGUAUGCCUACAGUUUCCAGGAAGAAAACUGGGGAUUCCAGCGCUUUACAAGUCCAACAGCAUAUGGUCUAGGAGCUGCUUCUUGUAUCCACGACAAUGAUUUGUAUGUCCAUGGUGGAGUAGCAAACUCACGUGGACAGGUACAAAAGUUUAUUUCACUGACAAACAAUUGGGCGAAGUGUCCAUCAUCAGGGAAACGCAUGUAUAACCAUGCUUUAGUCUGUGUAAAACACUGCUUAUAUGCUAUUGGUGGAUGUGAGGUGGAACACAACCGGGUGAUGUCUGGGAUCAUGGAGUUUGACAUCCAUAGCGAGUCAUGGACUGCUGUGACCAAAGCUGCUCUCCCCUACCCAGUACACACUUUUAGUGCAACAGCCAUCGAUAGAAAAGUCUACAUUUUUGGUGGGAAAACCAGAGAAGACAGUGCUUCCCUUAGAAUCCAAUGUUUUGACACAGUUUCCAGACAAACAACAGUGUUUGGUGACUUACCUAUACCUGUUGCACUGAGCGGCGCUGUAACUGUUGACAAGACUGUAUACCUUGCAUCUGGGGCAGGGGAGAUAAUCCAGUGGACACCAGGAGAUGGAGGACUGAUCAUCAAGUCUGUACUGAAGAAGGAGAGAUUGAAAGAACGUGGUACACAGUUGGUGCAUCACAACAAAAAGUUGGUAGUCUUUUCUGCUUUUGAUUAUGAAGAAUAUGAACCCUUGCCAAUAUCAGAAAAUUGUCUUAUUGAUUUGGAAACUGGAGAUAUUGAACAUCCAUGGAUGAACUUUCCGGAGCUGUCCACCUGGGGAAGGGCCGACAGGUGCAAAAUGCACUUGUGUGUAGCCCCAAGAUCCUACUUCAUGUCACAUCUGGAUGAUCCUAAUCCAGAUGAUGAAAGCAAUGAUGAAAAUACAGAGGAAGACCAGAGUUAGAAUUGAAAACUUCUGAUGUCAUUCCAUGAGCUAUUCAAUAUUUUGGGAAUAUGAUCUUGAGUAACUUGCUAACAUGCCCCCACCCCCAUCUUAAAAACAUUUUAAAGAGUAAAUGUAAGAUCCUGAUUUUUCUUCUAAUUUGACAACAGUAAAUUGUAUUUUAAAUGUCCUUAUUUUAAGGAGGGGGACAGUUUUGAAGUUGAGAUUUAUGAAAAUAAAAGUUGUGUACACCACAGGUGCCUGUUGAAACUUAAUUAAGUGUUGAAAAAUCACAUCCCUUCAACAUACAAGUAUUUCAGCUGACAUUUAUGUACACAAUCUGUAAAUCAGAAUGCUGUGGCAUAACAUUUAAAACUAUUUUUAAGAAAAUAGAAUUAGUCUCAUUGUUAUAAGAUCUAGAUAUAUAAUACAUCAUUGGAUCACAUUUGUGAAGAGACGAAAACAAUUGUUCCGUUAUAUAAACGCACUAUAGAUGUAUGGAAUUGAUUUACCUUAUCUUUACCUGUGAAGUAUAUGAAGCAUUGGAAAUCAUUGCUAGGUGAAACCUCUAACUGUAGAUUACAUUACGUAGUCACAUAAGCAAGCUGUCUGCACACACAGGGUCUUGUUGAGUGAGGUUGGGGUGACUACUACCAAGACAAAUAUGUUUGAACAUAUGAACAUAUGAACAUAUGAAGACUGAAAAUCAACAAUUUCAUGAAAAUGUUGACAUGUGAGUUUUCUAACUAGUCUUUGUGAUCAUAAUGGUUUUAUUAUGAUAACAUUAUGGACCGUUUUUACCCUAGAUCAUUAUAAUUAAUUUUAAUGAGCUGAUUAAUUACCAUAUUAUUAAGAGUCAAAAGUUUAUGCAGCAUAAAUGAAAUGAUGAAGUGGAUUCAGAAAUCUAAUUGAAGACCUCCAAAUUAGUGACCAGCAUAACAAUACUAUCUUGGCUGUUGAACAGAACCUCUAGACCUACAUGUGUUAACCUAUAUUAUUAUACCUCUACUUUAUUUACUCUAUAUAACAGUAAUUGGUUAAAUCGAAUAUAUCCCCACUUUUGCCUGACUGUGUUUUAGUCCUGUGUGUAAGUCUGGGAACUAAACCACACUUACACUCUGGUGUUUCCGCCGAGCCAAUCAGACGAGAGGUGGGGAAGCUUGUUAUCGAACUUGGAAGCGACUCACGAGGUGGGAGGAGCUUGCUACCAAACUCGGAAGCGACGUGCGAGGUGGGCGGAGCUUGCUACUUAACUCGGAAGCAUUUGGCUCCAUUGCCAUCAAAGGGAUAGU